AUGCUGAACUACGCGCACGGCCUUUCGGCGACCAUAUCUGAUUUGCGGCCCGUGGUCACGAAAGUGCUAGAGCCAUCUGAGGAUCUAAAGAACACGCACACAUCUGACGAGAAAAAGGUAUGCAAGAGCCCGAAGAGGUACACCUAAAAAUCCCUGCAGCACCGUAUGCGUGCCCAAAAACUGAACUGCACGUCCGUCCCACCGUUCGACUACAGUAGCAUCACCCCCUCCCUGUCCCACUCUAUACCAAAACGGAAGAUUGCCGACUACAGCAUAAUGCUGUCUGAAGUGCUGUCUG